UGACGAGAACCAGCGACAAUUUAGCAGACGAGAAAAACAUGGCCGACAUGGCAGACAGUGCGAGCGCAAGCGAGAUCGAAAGCGACACGGACAGCAUAAAGAUGUCCAUUCCCACUCGCAAAGAGGAGCUGCUGAACAGAAUCGCCUCCUUGGAGCAGGAGAACAAGGUGUUGAAGAUUGAAUUGGAAACCUACAAGAUGCGCUGCAAGUCCCUUCAAGGGGAAAAUCGCGAUCUGAAGCGAGCGAGUGUGAAUAUUCAAGCGCAAGCAGAGCAAGAAGAGGAAUACAUCAGCAACACGCUCCUCAAGAAGAUCCAGGCCCUGAAGAAGGAGAAGGAGAAGCUAGCUGUCAACUAUGAGCAAGAGGAAGAGUUCCUGACUAACGACCUGUCCAGGAAACUUGUCCAGCUUCGACAGGAGAAGCAUCAGUUGGAGAGGACGCUAGAGCAGGAGCAAGAAUACCAAGUCAACAAGCUGAUGAGGAAGAUUGAGAGACUGGAGAAUGACACCGUCUCAAAACAGAAGAAACUAGAAGAGUUGAGAAGAGAGAAAGUGGACCUUGAGAAUUGUCUUGAGCAGGAGCAAGAAGCACUAGUCAACAGACUCUGGAAGAGGAUGGAUCGUCUUGAAGCAGAGAAGAGAAUGCUUCAGGAAAAGUUGGAUGAGCCUGUCUCGGCCCCGGCCUCACCCAGAGAAAUCAAGAACGGUAACACCACCGAUAACCUGAGCGUUUACGUCGACCAGCUACGCAACGAAGUCCGCAAACUCAAAGGCCAGCUGAUGUCCUCACAAAUUGAACAUGAAGAAAAGAUGGCCCACUUGGUGCAGGAGGAGCGUGAGUUCAAGGAGGAGAACCUCCGCCUGCAACGCAAGCUUCUCCUGGAGCAGGAGAGGAGGGAAGCCCUGAGCAGACACCUGUCGGAGAGCGAGUCCAGCCUGGAGAUGGACGACGAGAGACAGUUCAACGAGAUGGCCGUCCACGGGAUCGGGAACCUGCGACCUCGGACCAUCUCCAGCCCCAUCCCGUACUCGCCUAACCCUAGUAAUAGACCCAUAUCACCAGCGAUGCACACUGCUUUCUCUCCGUCAUCACCAGCCAGCCGGAGUACGCCCUUUGCAGUGGGGCCCACCAGCCACCCCUCCCCCAUCAGUCCGUACGGAACGUCCCCACCGGUUGGGCCAAGCCACCUAGUUCAUAUGGGCUCCACACCUCCUUCACAGGGUCAGAGGCACCGGGUUGCCGUAGCGACGGCAGGCAGCAGCUCCGGAAGCCACAACCCUGAAAAGUUCAUCAAGCCCACGGCUCCGACCUCGUAGGGAUUCGAACCUCUCCCGUACGAGACAGACAAGAUGCAGGAAAGACGUUGAAGGAGGACUGAUCUCAGCCCAUCCCUUCGAGAAUCUUGAAGAUGGUCAGUUGACAUUCAAAUAGUACCAAGAGGAAGGAAUAUGGUCCUAGAUUAAACAAUUAAAGAUUGUCGAAGAUGCUGAAAGACAUCUUGAGUAGACAGGCUACUUGACAAGUCCGAGCCUUAGCUUUGCACGGGUUGGUUUACCGCAAACCAAUAAUGAUGAAAAAAAGAAAAAUGUGGAAUUACUGUAGUUUGAAGAAUGCAUGCCAAAAUCCUGAUUUGAUACGCAUGAAAAAAAAAAAAGUUUGUGAAAUUUAAAUCGCAAUCAGUGUUGUUUUUCUUACGGCUAUGAAAGAAAAUUGCAGUUGUCUAUAUAACAAAAUGUACAACGCGUUGCUAUUAAACUGUAAUGAAGAACAUAUUUGUAACUUGGACAUUCUGUACAUAUGCCCUCUCACAAAUUGGCUCUCUGUAAAACAUUUUCAAUGUGCCUUGCGAACCUGCCAAUUUUUACAGACUUGCGUCAAAACAUGAACUGAAAACGGUCCACAAAAGAAAAACUGUACCUGCCAAAGAAUUGUGGGAGCUGAUGCAUUUGAAAAAAAAACAUCUGAAUGUGAACGAAGCACCGCUAAAAAAAAUGCAAAUUUUGAUAUUUUUUUGCAAGAGUGUUGAAAUAUUUUUGCAUAUAAAACUUAUAAAGUCUUUGGACUUUACAAUGCAGAUUCAUUUUUUUUUGCUAGUUGUGAAAAAAGUGUGGCAGAUCUGCAUUUGUCUGCAAUUGAUGUUUUGUAAAAAGUUUGGUUCAUUUUGUUGGUAGGUGUAAAACCAGAGGCCAUUUUUAGAAAAACACCCUGGCGGGGGAGAAAAAAAAUUGGACUCACAAAAUUCUGAUGUUUGGCUUUAGUAAAAAAUAUAUUAUCUGUGAAAUGCCUUUUCUUAAAUUGGUAAUCAUUACAUAACAGUAUCCAUUGAAAGAAAACUUACCAUAAUGCAUGUUUGACUAUAAGAGAACUCAUGAAUACAAGCCAUCAUAAAAGAAUUAUCAGUUUCUUGUACAAGUACGAUUCAAUAUUUCAGAAAUUAUCGCCUUGUGAAUUUAGAGUUGAUGUGGACAAUUAUCUUUAAUUCACAUUGCACAUACAUGUUAAGUCGAAAACCUGUUGAGAAAAGUUUGAAAGUGGCCCUGGUUGCGUUGAAUAUUGUGGAGUAUAUAGAUAUUUAAGAAAAAAAAAUAUUGUAAAUAUUUAAUGAUAAAAAAAAUUAUAUGAUUCUGUUCUGUUGAUAAAUGUAUGUUUUUAUUAUGAUUUAUGUGAGAAGGGGGAGUGUACAAGUCGAAAGCUUUGUUCUGUUAAAACAGAUUUGUUAAAAAAAUCUUUUAAAAUAGUCAAGUAUUUAAAAAAGGCCAAUUACUGUAUUGCA